AGAAACAUCAACAAAAUGACCCAAUUUUACAUCAAAUAAAAGUCCACAAAACUUCAAACCGCACAAGAUUAAAAAAUGCUGGACCAAUCUGCAGCACGGAAAGCCUCCAGUGGCUGUGUGGGGCCCAGUUUACCAUGUGUGUUAUGUAAUGCCUUAUUACAGUGAAGCAAGGCUUUGUGUUAAUGAUCUUUGGAGUGGACAAUCCAUUUAAGGUGGAGGCUAGUAGUUGUGGAUUAACUUCCAGUUAUAAAGGUUGUCUUGCAGCAAUAAAGCAGCAUUUGACACAGUUCUCUUCCUUCAGUUUACCUCCAGUUUGAGGCGCAGACCUGUCCAGGAUGAAAGGUGUCCGGGUUGUGGUGGUGGGAGCGGGUGUGAUCGGCUUCUCUACGGCUGUCUGCAUCGCCGAGGCUCUUCCUCUUUGCUCCGUCACUCUGUUGGCUGAUAAGUUCAGUCCAGACACCACCAGCGAUGGAGCUGCUGGGAUCCUGUUUGCUGCAAAGUUUCCAGAUAUUCCCUUGGAAAGGCAAAAACACUGGUUCAAGAACAGCUUUGAUCACCUGCUGGCCAUUACUCAAUCCCAACACUCACCGGAUGCUGGAGUCAUGCUGAGCUCUGGCUGGCAGAUUUUCAAGGACGUUCCAGCCGAUAAGACGCCCUUCUGGUCAGAGUUGGUGAUCGGAUUUCGAUUUAUGACUGAUGGUGAAUUGAAAAGGUUUCCUGAUUACAAGUUUGGCCAUGCGUUCACCACCAUAAAAUGUGAAUGUUCCAGCUACCUGCCGUGGCUCGAGAAGAGGUUCAGAAAAGCCGGAGGUCAAGUGGAGCAGAGGAAGGUCAACAGUCUCCAGGAACUAAGCAACAGCUAUGAUAUCAUCGUCAACUGCUCUGGUCUGGGCUCCAAAACACUGGUGGGUGACGACAAAGUGUACCCAAUCAGAGGCCAGGUCCUCAAGAUGGAGGCCCCCUGGCUGCAGCACUUCAUCAGAGUUUCAGACGGAAAGACCUACAUCUUCCCCGGCAUACACGGCGUCACCGUAGGCGGCACGAGGCAGGAGGGGGACUGGCGACUACAAGUGGACGAAGGCGACACGAAGAGCAUCCUGGAGCGCUGCGGCGCCCUGGAGCCGUCGCUCAGCAAAGCCAAAGUCCUCAGCGAGUGGGUCGGUCUGAGGCCGAGCAGGAGGAAUCCAAGGGUGGAGAGGGAGGUGGUGCAGCUGCAGGGUCGCAGGGUUCCCGUGGUCCACAACUACGGCCACGGAGGCUGGGGGGUCACCCUCGCCUGGGGCACCGCCCUGGACGCACUGGGGCUGGUCAGGAAGUGCCUCGAUGAAAUGCCGCCGCUGGCUAAACUGUGAACUACGUCUACCACUAAAUCCUGAUGUUACUGUGUGCCGACAACACUCACCUUUAAAUAAUAACACACACGGACAGUGAGAUUUAAAUCAUUGAUCUUAAAUCUGAAGAAUUUGCAGUAGAUUAUACAUUUUAAACCUGGAGAUAAAUAAGUUAUGUAAAAAUAAUACACUUUGGUGAACGAUUGUUUGGAUGUACUGGGCUCUUUAAAUUUCUACUACAGCUGCCUUUGAGUACAGAGAUCUACUGUCAGAGAGAUGAUCAAACAUACCAACAUUUAUUAAUGUCAAAGUAGAACAGUGAAUAACAGCCUUAUUGACGUUUUUACAAUUUAUAUAUAAAAGACACAUUUAUUACUUGAAAUUAAUGAACAGGAAAUUACUGUACAUGAUUUACUGAUUUACUGUCAAACACUUGCUGGGUGGAAUGCAAUUGUUCAACCGCUAAACCUCUAACUUUCUGUCAACACUGUGCCAAUUAUACCUCUGUGUCUUAGAACUGCUGAUAGUUUACUGAGUCAACUACAUGGUGAUAUCUAGUAUUUUCCAGAGCCUCAUUAAUUGCCAUCACUACUUGCAGUUAGUGCAUAUAAUAUACAAUUUAAAACUGUUUGAAAAUGUUGAGUUACAGUAAAUUAAGCAAUGAAUAAUUUAUUAAUAAAGACUUUGUUUGAUGCAA